AUGGGGAAACAAAAUAGUAAGCUGGCCCCUGAGGUGAUGGAGGAUCUGGUGAAGAGCACGGAGUUCAAUGAACACGAGCUAAAACAGUGGUACAAGGGAUUUCUAAAGGACUGUCCAAGUGGUAGACUGAACCUCGAGGAGUUCCAGCAGCUCUACGUGAAAUUCUUUCCAUAUGGAGAUGCUUCUAAGUUUGCCCAGCAUGCCUUCCGAACCUUUGAUAAAAACGGAGAUGGGACCAUUGACUUCAGAGAGUUCAUUUGUGCCCUGUCCAUCACCUCACGAGGCAGUUUUGAGCAAAAGCUGAACUGGGCCUUCAACAUGUACGACUUGGAUGGUGAUGGUAAAAUUACAAGAGUGGAAAUGCUGGAAAUUAUAGAGGCCAUCUACAAAAUGGUGGGCACUGUGAUAAUGAUGAAAAUGAAUGAGGAUGGCCUGACGCCUGAGCAACGGGUAGACAAGAUCUUCAGUAAGAUGGAUAAGAACAAAGACGAUCAGAUCACACUGGAUGAAUUCAAAGAAGCUGCAAAGAGUGAUCCGUCCAUUGUACUACUCCUGCAGUGUGACAUUCAAAAAUGA